CUCUUCCGGGGGUGGGGGGCAGACCGCCUAGCCCCGCCGCGGAGGUGGACAGUGUCCGCCUGACGUCCGACCCACCCGGCCGAGGGGCUGCGGCCAGCAUGGCGUCCGGCGGCGCUCCCGGGCUGAUGCGGCGCUGGCAGCUGCUCCUCAGCCGCGCCGCGCUGUUCCUGCUGCUGCUUUCGGCGGCCGCGGCGCAGGAGUCGUCCGGAGCGGCUUGCUCCCAGAACACAAACAGAACCUGUGAGGAGUGCCUGAGAAAUGUCUCUUGUCUGUGGUGCCACACCAGCAAGGCGUGCUUGGACUACCCCGUGAGCAGGAUCCUGCCGCCCAGCUCCCUCUGUAAGCUGAGCUCCGCACGCUGGGGCGUGUGCUGGGUGAACUUCGAGGCGCUGAUCAUCACGCUGUCGGUGGUGGGGGGAGCCGUGCUCCUGGCCGUGGCCGUGUGCUGCGCCUGCUGCUGCUGCCGCGGGAAGAGGAGCCGCAAGCCGGACAAGAGCGAGGAGAGGGCGGCGCGGGAGCGCGAGGAGCGCCGGAUCCGGCAGGAGGAGAGGAGAGCGGAGAUGAAAUCAAGACACGAUGAAAUCAGAAAAAAAUACGGUUUGUUUAAAGAAGAAAACCCGUAUGCCCGGUUCGAGAACAACUGAGAGCACCGCCCACCCCGCCCCUGCCAAGGACACGGCACAUGGUCGCCCGCACCCCUGCCGAGGACACAGCACCCCCCGCCCCCACCCCUGCCGAGGACACGGCACACGGCCGCCCCCGCCCCGAGAGCUUCUGUCCCCUUCUCUCUAUCUGUCCUCAGUCACUUGAGACACUAAGCCUGUCGGGGUGGGGUGGUUUGGUUUGGUCGCUAAUGUGAGGAGGAAAGGACAUUCCGUCGGACAUUCCGUCACUCAUUUCCAUCACUAAGCCACCUGUGGGUGAGCAGCCCGCCCCGGCCUUCGCCUUUCGUGCUGAUGGGGGCGAGGGCUGGGGGGGCAGCACCUGCACCUCGGCCGCUCCCCUUGAGCCCAGCGGCAUCCCCAGGUGGCGCACAGACAGCAGCAGGGUUCUGCUCACCUUGGGUCCGUGUUGCGUUUUCUCUUUUAAAUAAUUCUUGCAUUUCAUUCUUCCAUCUAAAACAUUCCACCAAAAAACUUAACUGUCAAAGUUCAGACCACUUAUUGGAUAGUUUUUAAUUUGUGUCUUUACCAGAACAUCAAGAUUUUUUCCCAGUGGAAGCCUGACAGCUGCCUCUCCGGCCGACGGCCACCAGAACACAGAGCCGUGGGGCCUGGACAGGCCGCCACCGCCCCGCUCGCCUUCCUGCCCGCGACAGCAGGUGGCAGGCUCUGUGUGCGCGAGGCUCCUGCCUGUCAGGCUGGCAGCAUUGUGUCACUUGGGGACCCUGGGUUGUCCCGAAAGAGAGAGGGGCCAAGCACCCGCAGGCCCCUCUUUGGGGCUCUGCGCACCGGGGAGGCAGGGUGUCUGCCCGGCGAGAGGGGUUUCCACGUGUUCGUCAAACGAGCCCCAUCCCGGAACCCUGCUCCUGCGGGUGUGUGCGGAGGACUCCUGUGGAGGCCGCGUCUCGGGAAGCCGGCCGUGGCCUCCAGGCUCGCCUCUGUGCGGUUCCAUUCCUGUCAGGUCAAGAUCUAGGACUUCAGGAAACAGACCAAGCGUUUGGCGUCCAGGGCGGUAGCGGACGAUGACGGGACCGUCAACAGCCCUUCUGAGCUCUGAGAACAGGCCCUGGUGCCACAGGGCUUUGGCUUUGAGAAAGUGGGUGGACGGGAACAUAAAAGGACGCAUACCGCUUUCACGCUUGCGACCCCGCCGUCAGAGCCCUGUCCCUCAGGCGUCCGUAAAGUGCUGCGCCGUCCCGGAAUUCCCACGAGCGGAAGCUGACCUCCGCAAACUCUGUUGUCUCUCCGACUUCUCGGGCAUUUAAUUGCAGUUUAAAGUACUAUGAUACAUUCCUAAGUCUUUUCUAGCCGCUUGCAGACUUGGUCUUUCACUGUGUAUUCAUAAAAGAAACUUUGUAACCGACUCCGCCAACCCUGCCUUAGCACAGCGGCCUCGUGGGCCCGGCCUCGCUGAGCCCCCGCUCUCCUACCGUCCGGGUGGCUGAGCCCCCGCUCUCCUACCGUGUAUGUAAUCCCGGCGCGGGGUGCGGAGCCCACAGCAGGGCGCCUCGGGGCUGUCUCAGUCCCUGUGCUUUUUCUGGAACAGGCCUAGGAGCAGCCGUACAUUGUAACCUCAAGGAAACCACAAAGCUCAGAGUGCCUUAAUUUUAACCAGUUUCCAAAAAACAGUUUAAUACACACUUUGUUCAGUA